CGCCAUCCACGUACUCCGAGCCUGCUAGCCCAGGCACCCGACACGCGUGCCCCUGCAUGCCUCCGACUCGGCCCAUAAACGACACUCAAAGUAAACCAGCUGCACCCAUCAAAAUAAGGAUCAAUCUCACCACAAGCUUCAAUCAAACACCCGUCAAUGUCAGCCCCUGCCGCCUCUGCCGGCGGCGUUCUCGGCGAUCCAACCCCACUGUCUACUACCCUCAUCGAGAACUUAACUGGAGCAAUACAAUCCUUUGCUCCCAUCUCCCGCAUCCACCAACACCUCUGUGCUGUCCACCUAUACGCCGACGACAUGACCCGCCAAGUCGAAGCCCACCACUUCUGCUCUCACGUCAACGAAGACGUCCGCCAAUGUCUCAUCUUUGACUCGCCGGAACCCGGCGCACGCCUAAUCGGCGUCGAGUAUAUCAUCGCCGAGCCUAUCUUUCUCAACCUCCCCGAUGAGGAGAAGCCGCUUUGGCAUUCGCAUGAGUAUGAGGUAAAGAGUGGAUUAUUAUUCCUCCCCGGCGUCCCUGGGAUCGUCGAGCGUCGGGAUCUCGAGAAGGUUGCCAAGACCUAUGGGAAGACCUUCCAUUUUUGGCAAGUUGAUCGUGGUGAUGAACUUCCUUUGGGAAUACCUAAUCUCAUGAUGGCACUUACUGGAGACGGUCAGCUGCAUAAGGAUCUCGCCCAAGAUGUUGAAAAGAAAUAUGGCGUCUCAUUUGAGAAGGAGAGGGAGAGCAGGGCUUAUAUGAGUGGACCGGAUCAUGGAAUCCAUCCUUUGGCUAAUGGAGCAGGGAAGAGAUGGAAGAUGGAACUGAGGGAGGUGAAUACCCCUCCUUAAGCUUCUGUGUCUUUUUCUGAUUAAGUAACCGUGUAAAAGGCGUGUCAUCGCUCUUAUAUGCUUGGGUUGUCUCUUAUUCUGCUUUAAAAGUGCUUGACAGUGAAUGCUUUCAAACUAUGUUGUUUGAAUAAAAGUCCUGUUCAGGUUUUCAGCAUUUGGAAUGUUUCCUUUGUUCAAUUGUUGCAACUAUGAAAAUGAUUAUCAAUUGGGCUUAUUUGGUUUUGGUGCU